CUUUCUCAAAUAAAAAAAUAUGGCCAAAGCUGAAGCGCAAACAAGUACUGCUCUUCCAGGACCCAAGAACAUGAAAGAGUGGUAUCUUCUUUCUUACAAUCAGGUCUCUUUCGGCGGUUGGGGUUGGAUUUUAUUAUUAACACUUACUCAACUCUACAAUACCCAAGGAGAUUAUACGACUGUUUUUGAUGUUGUUUGGCCAGCAUUGUCUUAUGUUCAAACGGCUGCUUUGUUUGAAGUUCUUCAUUCUUUGUUGGGUUGGGUUAGAGCACCAGUGAUGACUACUGCUAUGCAAGUUGCAUCCCGGUUAUUUUUGGUAUGGGGCGUAAACUAUAUUGUGCCCGAGAUUCAUACCCAUUGGUCUUUCACAACCAUGGUUAUUGCUUGGUCCAUUGCUGAACUCGUACGUUAUUCUUUCUACACUUUCCAUUUAAGUGGUGGUGUUCCUGGUUUUGUUUCUUGGGCUCGUUAUAAUUUUUUCUUUAUCUUGUAUCCUUUGGGUGUUUUUUCUGAAAUGAUGAUGGUUUAUCAAGCUUUGCCUUAUGCCAAGGCUAUUGAUACAUUGUACUUUUAUGGAUUGAUUGCUGUUGCUCUUAUUUAUAUCCCAGGUUUCCCUGUCUUGUUCUCUCACAUGUUGGUACAACGUAAGAAAUACAUGAGAGGUGAUACAAAAAAGAAGCAAUAAAAGAAAAAAUAGAGUUUAUUUAAAAAGAAAUG